UGAGAUUCUUUUCAUCUUCUUCACUUAAGUCGAAGAUUAUGGUAGCUUCAAGUUGUUGUACCUAUAAACUCAAACCAAAACCAUUUUUCUUCAGAUUAAUUAGUAUCCCAAAUUCCAAUCGCUCUGUAGAUUUCAUGUUGCUCAGAUUACUCACUCCUUGCCAUCAAUUAAACACAACCCUGAAUUCAAAAAUGGAUAUCCGACGGUCAAAGGCCAAGCUGCAGCUGUUGUUCAUCAAUCGCUUGGUCUUCUUCCAUCUGUUUCUGCUACAUCCUCUUUUCCUUCAUCAGCCGGCGGUGGCUCUCUCCGUGGUUGAGUCUCUCCCUGGAUUCCAAGGCCCUCUUCCUUUCAAGCUCGAAACCGGGUAUAUAGGAGUUGACGAAGGAGAAGAUGUGCAGCUAUUCUACUACUUUGUGAAGUCUGAGUCCAGCCCCAGAGAGGACGCUCUUGUUUUAUGGCUAACUGGAGGACCCGGCUGCUCCUCCUUCACUGCUUUUGCUUAUGAAAUAGGCCCAUUAAACUUUGAAGUUGUGCAGAAAGAUGAAAAUUUACCUACUUUAGCCUUGAAUCCAAAUUCAUGGUCCAAGGUGGCAAGUAUAAUUUUUGUGGAUUUACCUGUUGGUACUGGAUUUUCUUAUGGAAGAACUUUCCAUGCUUCUCAUUCUACUGAUUUACAAGCAUGUGACCAAGCUUAUCAAUUUAUGAGAAAGUGGUUUGAUGAUCAUUCAGAAUUUCUCCAAAACCCAUUCUAUGUUGGUGGAGACUCUUACUCUGGCAUCACCGUUCCAAUUAUCUUCCAACUGAUGUCAAAUGGAAAUGAAGCAGACCUCAAACCACAUAUCAAUCUUAAGGGUUACAUACUUGGCAACCCUGUAACAAAUGUUGGUGAUGGAAUACGCUAUCGGAUUCCAUUUGCUCAUGGAAUGGGACUCAUUUCAGAUGAACUCUAUGAGUCUUUGAAGAGAAGUUGUAAAGGGCAGUUUGAUGAUGUAGAUCCAGGCAAUACAGAGUGUUUGAAGGGUCUCGAAGCUUACACCCAGUGUACUAGUAAGCUCAACCAUGCUCAAAUUUUGGAACCACAUUGUGCUUUUGCUUCGCCAAAAUGGCAGGAAUUCUUUACUGAAAGAAGAUUUUUGGAUGAGAAUGACAUGGGGCUCCUCCUUUCCGAUCAGUCACCCUGUGCAUUAUAUAGCCGUUCAAAUGGAUAUCGACUUUCCUACCGUUGGCUUAACGACGAUGGUGUCCAAGAAGCACUCCAUAUAAGAAAGGGAAGCAUAGCUAAGUGGUCAAGAUGCAACUAUGGAGUGGCUUACAUUAUCAAAAUCUCGAGCAGUUUUCCAUAUCAUGUAAACCUCAGCAAAAAAGGUUACAGAUCUCUCAUUUACAGUGGUGAUCAUGAUCUGGUUGUCCCAUUCUUUGGAACUCAAGCAUGGAUAAGAUCCCUCAACUAUUCCAUUGUCGAAGACUGGCGUUCUUGGGUUGUUCAAGGCCAAGUUGCUGGUUACGCAAGGACUUACUCCAACCGGAUGACGUUUGCUACUGUCAAGGCGAGAAAUUUGUCCUCUUUGCUUGCUCUAUUCAACAAAGAUGUGAUGUUUUUUUUCUUUUGUCCCCUUUCUGUUUUUACAAGUUUUGGUUAGCAGGGAGGAGGACACACAGCUCCAGAGUACAGGCCUGUUGAAUGUGCUGCUAUGUUCAAGAGAUGGAUUUCUCGUCAGCCUCUUUGAUCAAUCCAUCAAACUUCUUACCUUUGUUGAGCAGCAAAACUCUAAUACCAGGAGAUAUGAAGGCCCCUGUGCUUGUCUAUUUGUAACUUAAAGAGUUGUUUACUACUUACCUGACCCCAACAACAACUUGAUUAAUUGAAUUAUUUGUAUUACUAAGA